GAUUAUGUUAUCACUCACAGAAAAAAUAUUACCACUUAUAGAGUUUCCUAUGAGAAUAUCUUUACAGAAUGAAUUGUCGUAAAAUUAUCAGGCUGCUAAGUAUUAGUUUUAUAACCAGUCAAAUAUUUCAACUGACGUCAGCAAAUAUAGAUGAAAAAUACAUUGAAGUAGAUGGGAUUAAGGUGCUGCGGGAAGAUUUCGAAAGUGCACAAAGAGAAAGGGAAAAAAACGAAAAACGCAAAAGAUCUGAGCCAACAAAUAAUUUUGAUUUAGAAAAUAUCUUAGAGUCAAAAGAAAGUUUACGUUAUUCAAAGAAAUUGCCGAAAUAUUGUCACGUGUGUAGAUUAUUCGCAGAAGACUUUAUAUCAUACCUCAAAGAACAUGGAGUAGUAAAGAACGAUUCGGACACUGCUGUAUAUAGCUACGAUGAACACUUUGCGUACGAAGCUUUUGAACAUGUUUGUAAUGGUAUGAAAGGCUAUAGAGUGACGAGACUUGAACAAUUUCGUUACACCAAAGGACCCUCUCUUCUGCGUCAAGUGUACAACGAAGCACAAAGAGGAUCAAAAAUUAAAAAAUGGGUUUACAAUACUCCUGAAGAAGAUAUCGACGAUCCAACUGGUGAAAUACGACGAUUGACAGAGAAGUGUAAACGGCUGACGAAAAAUUUCAGACGGACGUUAUUACUCUGGUUUCAGCAUCAAGAACAUGAUUUAAUUGAAUGGUUUUGCAAACAUAUCUACUUGAAAAAUAAAAAUCAAAAAUGUUUGACACAUAAAAAACUUGAUCAGGAGAAACAAGUGACGAAAGAAAAUAAUACAAAAGAUGAACUGUAGCAAUAAAGAAAUAACGAUCCUUACUGCGCAUGCGCUGAAUUUAGAUCAUCACACGAAUAAACACCACAAUAAGAAACAAAUUUGAAACGAAAAAGUCAAGAAAAAACACUGAUUAUCAAUAUAUUCAC